CAUAUAUUCAACGUCUUCUUUUUCUAGUCAACAAGAGCAAAAUGACGGAUACAGCUAGAACCCAUCACGAUAUCACCACCCGAGAUCAGUAUCCAUUGAUUAGCCGAGACCGAGACCAGUAUGGGAUGAUUGGUCGGGACCAGUACAAUAUGUCCGGCCAAAACUACUCCAAGUCUAGGCAGAUUGCUAAAGCUACCACUGCAGUCACCGCUGGUGGAUCUCUCCUUGUUCUCUCCAGUCUCACCCUUGUGGGAACGGUCAUUGCAUUGAUUGUUGCCACUCCACUGCUUGUUAUCUUUAGCCCAAUCCUAGUCCCCGCUCUCAUCACCGUCGCACUGCUGAUCACCGGCUUUCUCUCCUCUGGUGGAUUUGGCAUUGCAGCUAUAACGGUCUUCUCUUGGAUCUACAAGUAUGCAACGGGAGAGCACCCACAGGGGUCAGAUAAGUUGGACAGUGCAAGGAUGAAGCUGGGAAGCAAGGCUCAGGAUAUGAAGGACAGAGCUUACUACUAUGGACAACAACAUACAGGUGAGGAACACGAUCGGGACCGUGACCACCGCACCGACCGUGACCGCACCCGGGGAACCCAACACACUACUUAAAUUAAGCCAAGACUCUAAUAAUUUGUUUAGGGUGGAUAAUAAAAGGGGGAAGCCGAUCUCACAUAGUGUUUUUUUCCCUUUGUCAUAAAUAAUGUGCAAGUGUGUGGUUCUCUUGUCACACGGUACCAUGUUUUGUUGUGUUAUUCUCAGCUUAUGUUGUACGUU